GUGGCUAUGUGGAAGCAGAGGUUGGCGCGUGCCUUAUCUGCUUCUCUCUCUUCAGUGGUCUUAAAGCUCUCUGUGUGAUCCCACUUGUCUUCCUCCUUCUUCAUAACAUCAAAAGCUCCAUUUUACCAAAACCCUUUCACAAUCUCGGCUACAUCAAUGGCGUCGUCCUCCAUCUCGCCUGCUACUCAGCUUGGUUCGAGCAGAAGCGCUAUGUUGGCGAUGUCGCGUGGGUUGUUUGUGAAACCAACGAGGACGAAUCAUCAAAUGGUUAGAAAGGAGAAGAUUGGAUUGAGAAUUGCUUGUCAAGCGACGAGUAUCCCAGCGGACAGAGUUCCAGAUAUGGAAAAGAGAAAACUCUUGAAUCUUCUCCUUGUCGGGGCUCUUUCUCUCCCUAGCGGCUACAUGCUUGUUCCUUACGCUACCUUCUUUGUCCCUCCUGGAUCCGGAGGUGGAGGUGGUGGUACCCCAGCCAAGGAUGCACUUGGAAACGAUGUAAUUGCAGAUGAAUGGCUUAAGACUCAUGGUGCUGGUGAUCGAACCCUGACCCAAGGAUUGAAGGGAGAUCCAACUUACCUAGUUGUGGAGAACGACAAGACACUAGCGACCUACGGUAUAAACGCAGUGUGCACUCAUCUUGGAUGUGUUGUGCCGUGGAACAAAGCCGAGAACAAGUUUCUAUGUCCUUGCCAUGGAUCCCAAUACAAUGCCCAAGGCAGAGUUGUUAGAGGUCCAGCGCCAUUGUCGCUUGCCUUGGCUCACGCGGAUAUCGAUGAUGGUGGGAAGGUUGUGUUUGUUCCAUGGGUUGAGACUGACUUCAGGACUGGUGAUGCACCAUGGUGGUCUUAAACUCUACAAUAACUCUUUUGUGGGAAGAAGAAAGGCUGAGUCUUUUUGUGUUAUACUUGUUUGAAUGUUCUUAUGAUGUAAAAGCUGUGUGUAAGCAUACAUUUCAUGGCAUUACUCUGUGAAUUCUUGCCUCAUAUAUGAAUAUUAUGUUCAUUCACUUCC